CGUAACAGCAGCCGCCCAAAUCUCUGGCGACUUCUCUAAAGCCCUAACAACUAAUCCCCAAUCCCAAGUAAAUGGCGGAUACACCUUCGAGCCCCGGCGUAGAUGGUGGAGAAAGCGGCGGUUCGGUUAGGGAGCAGGACCGAUACCUACCGAUAGCAAACAUAAGCAGGAUCAUGAAGAAGGUGUUGCCUCCCAACGGAAAGAUCGGUAAAGAUGCUAAAGACACUGUCCAAGAAUGCGUCUCUGAGUUCAUCAGCUUCAUCACCAGCGAGGCCAGUGAUAAGUGCCAGAAAGAGAAGAGGAAAACUGUGAAUGGUGAGGAUUUGUUGUGGGCAAUGUCAACGUUAGGAUUUGAGGCUUACUUGGAACCUUUGAAGCUAUACCUUGCGAGGUACAGGGAGGGGGACAAUAAGGGCUCAGGAAAGAGUGGGGAUGGAUUUAACAGAGAUGCAGCUGCUGGUGUUUCCGGUGAAGAUUUGCCGGUAGUAUAG